AUGCUUGAACAAAGAGAGCUUCUUCAGGACGCACUCCAAUUCAUCAAGAGAGGUAAAUACAGUUUUGAUAGCUCGUUCUUCAAGCACAAAUAUAGAAUAAUGAGGAAAGUGAUUGCAGAUGAAAAUGCUAAUGUGCAUUGCAGUAAACUGCUGUGUGAAGCGGCUUUGCUGGAGAAAAAACAGGAUUUAUCUGGUGCUGAACAGAUAUUCAAAUACUUACUAAGGGUGAUUAACAGAGAAUAUCGGACAAAAUCAUUUGUUAAGUAUUCAAAAUUUCUAGUAAGAAGGGAAGAGUUGCAGUUGGCGAGGAAGAACUACGGAAAAGCGAUCGCACAACACUUGGAUGUUUACGAAGAAUAUUUGAGUAUGGAACGGAUGUUAGGCGACAAGACGAGAAUAAGAAGAAUUAAUGAAAAGUACCUGCAGGAUAGCUAUAUGGAUGCACGUGUCUGGCUCGAGCUCAUUGAAUUUGAAGAGAGCAUGGGUGAGGUUGAGCAAGCAGAGUAUCUUUUUGAAAAUGCUUUGAAAGUCCUCAAAAAUGGCGUGGACAUCAUUGAGCAGGAGUACAACAAAAGAAAGUAUAAGAAAUAA